AUGGCACUUCCACAUUUACUCUUGGGCCUUGUUGGGGUCAUUACUAUCCGGUUUCUUCUUACUUUUUUUAUUCGGCAUCGAUUUUCCUCGCUCUGGAAUGUGCCUGGCCCAUUUCUAGCACGAUAUACGGAUUGGUGGUAUUUUUGGCGCCUCCGUCAAGGACAGUUCGAGGAAGACAAUCUCACACUGCAUAAGCAACAUGGCCCUGUUGUACGAUACGGAUCGCGACGUUAUAGCAUCAAUGAUCCGGCAUCUUCUAAGAUUAUAUAUGGGCUCGGAAAAACUUUCCCAAAGUCGUCCUGGUAUAGCACCUGGGUUGGCCCAGGUGAAAUCAGCCUCUUCUCAGACCAGGACGUAAAUCGCCACUCGCAUCACCGCAGGCUUUUCCAAAAUACAUACUCAUUGACCGCUGUCAGUUCCUACGAACAAUAUGUCAAUGACUGUGCGGAUAUUUUCUGCCAACGUCUAUCCGAAUUAUCUCAACCUGGACUACCUAUAAAUAUGGGCCAUUGGUUCCAGUGCUAUGCCUUUGAUGUAAUCGGCCUCAUUACAUAUGGCAAACGACUAGGGUUUCUGGAUCAUGGCAAGGAUAUUGGCGGUGUCAUUCAUGCUCUCGAGGACUUUGUAUCAUACGCAGCGCCAAUGGGUAUCUUCUCAAGCUUGCAUCGGCUGAUAUUUCCUCUGAGGAACUAUCUUACUGGUUCAAGAGGUAGUGGCCGUGCAUAUGUUAUCUCAUUUACCGAAGACAGAGUCACGGAACACGCAGCGAAGCUAAAAGCCAUAGGAUCAAAGUCGGAUGCUACGGCUACAGUGCCAUUCCUUACCAAGUUUCUUAAAAGGUCCCAGGAGAGCCCAAGAACCUUUACAUCCACACACGUAACUAUGGGUUGUACAGCAAACAUGGUCGCCGGCUCGGACACGACAGCCAUUACGCUAUCGGCGAUUCUUUACCAUCUCCUCAGGAAUCCCAAGUGCCUUCGGACAUUGCAACAAGAGAUUGACCAAUUCUAUGAAGAGGGGAAAUUAUCAGGCAAGCCAACAUUUCAAGAGAGCCAAAAGAUGCCUUAUCUGCAAGCAGUUAUCAAAGAAGCCCUAAGAAUCCAUCCCGCUACUGGGUUACCGUUAGAACGCGUUGUCCCGAAAGGUGGCGCUAUAAUCUCGGGUUAUUUCUUCCCCGAAGAUACAGUUGUCGGUAUUAAUGCAUGGGUUCAACAUAGAAAUCAAUCCAUCUAUGGACCCGACGCGGACAUUUUCAAGCCAGAAAGGUGGUUGACUCAGGAUGAUCAACUCUCAGUAAUGAACCGCCACUGGAUCCCGGUAUGUUCUACACUGUGCUCUAAUCGAUUUGGCCUUGGUUCUCGUACCUGCUUGGGAAGACACAUCUCGAUGUUGGAAAUGUCGAAGCUAAUUCCGCGCAUCAUUCGAGACUUCAAUUUUGAGUUGGGGGCGGAGUUGGAACCAAUAGGGGCUAGAUGGAACACAUUCAACUACUGGUUUGUGAAGCCGAAGAAUUUUUAUGUCAAAGUCACGCCUAGAAACUAG